UUUGAUUACUUGUAUUUACCACAAACUCUAUUAGGUUUCCAGUAGAAGCACUCAAGUCGCACAAAAUGGGUAUGGUGAGGUAGACAAUGAUGUCAGCAGAAGAACAGGUGGUUACCGUCCAGCCUCAGGCUGGUGAGAAGACAUCGCUCACGGAUGACACGGACACAGGGGAUUAUCAACCCCAGGGAUUGAAGGAUUUGGCGAAAACGAACGUGCUGAGGGUUCAUCAGUAUUUAGAUGUACUAGAAGUGCUUCUGGGGUGGGAGAGGAGCAACAGAUACCAGAUCAGUGAUGCUGAUGGAACACAGAUAUUGUAUGGGUAUGAAGUUGGUGUGUGUCUGGCGCGUAAGGUUUUGGGUUCUUCUCGUGGACUUGUGAUGAAAAUCAAUGACAAUGAAUCUCAAGAUGUGAUCUCUCUCCAACGACCAUUACGCUGCUCAACACGUUGUUGUUGGAUGUGUUGUCAUCUGCAGGAGAUGUCAAUCCACUCUCCUCCAGGGACACUGAUAGGCACAGUCAGAGAAGUAUGGAGCUGUGGGGCUCCAGUCUACCAUGUUUACAACCUGAAAGAAGACUUGCUCUUCACAAUAGUCGGGGACUGCUUCCACUGUCGUGCUUGUUGUGAUGUCACAUUUCGUGUGUAUGAAGGCUCGAAGGGAAAGGAGAACAAGGUGGCUGAUCUGACAAAGCACUGGACCGGAUGCAGGGAUGUUAUUGGUGCUGCUAAUGAUUUCUCGCUAACAUAUAUCAAAGAUAUUGGAGUGAAAGACAAGUUGACAAUAUUUGGAGCUGUGUUUUUAAUAGACUUCAACUACUUUGAGACACAUUGUCGAUGCUAACUGAGCACUCCAAUGAAAACAUAUGUGAUACUACUAGGAGGGACCCACCUGGCAGACAACCUGAGUCCCCCAGCAUGACAUGCUCAAUGAAACCCUCUGACUACCGGUAUUUGUGAUCCCAAGAAGUGAAAUGAAUUGCUACCAAGGUGACUUCUGAGAAAUUAUACAAUAUAAUUUCUGAUUGAUUGGUUUAUAUCUCUAUUCUUUUGGCGAAAUCUUUGCUGCAUGCAGGUAACUGGGUAGCCUAGUGAUGAAGACGUUCUCUCUUUAUUUGCUGAAGACCCAGGUUUGAUUCCACACAAUGGAACAACUGGUGUCCCCACCAUAAUAUUGUUGAAUAUUGCUGAAGGUGACAAAGAUUCAUUGUCCCCCACAGGCAUAGUCGCAGAUAUUGAAGCGUGUGAUUGCUACAAACUUUACCAUAAGUCCUUUGACAGAGUAACAUUUUCUGAAAUAAUGUUACUGUAGUUUGGGCAUCAUCAUUACUGUGUUGCAGCUGCAGGUGUUCAGCAGACAGAGUUGCCUCCCUUGUAGUAGUCUGUUUACAUUGCCCAUCCCUGCAGCUAAUGAUGUUUGUAAGAUAUGAGGCAUUAGUUUCUGACAUAAAAUGAAUUCUAACAUAUAUAACAUUCAGAUUGGUUGUGUACUAUAAUUGGCUUGUUGUAAAAUAUUUGAUUAUUUUGCAUGAUUAUGUAAAUCUUUUUAUUGACAAGACUGUAUGUAAUUGACAACUGUUACAGGCAUCAGUGUAUGUAUAGAGAGUAUUUGUUUCACACAACAAGUACUCGUUAGCUGAUCCUGAGUCUAAUGUAUUUGUAAUGUAUAUUGAUAUUAAUGAUUAUAUUAUCACUGGAAUUAAAUCUUUUAAUGAUAUCAGUUGAUACAACUGUAAGACUGUUUCGAGCAAACUUCAGCAAUAAGAGAAUAGUAAUAAUGUAUCACUUAACUUUGUGUAAUAGAUAACACAUAAAAUAUUGCUAUUAUUUACCUAGCAUGAAUAUAAUAAAUAAUCUGAGUCCAAUUAUAGAUGAAUAGAAACUUUUGUUAUCAGUCAGGAAUGUUUAUCUUUACAUUGCUGGAUGACUUUUCAUCUGUGUUGAUAUGUAUCCACUGAUGUAGUGUCUUUGUUUAAAAUAUAAUGAACUAUUUAUUGAA